AUGGCCGUGACCGAGCUUCUCUUCUCCUGGUGGGUCAUCCCGGCCGCCGUCGGCCUGCUGGUCGCCUCGUACUGGUACGCCUACGUCACUCGCAACACGGAGCUCAACGACAUUCCCGCGCCGUGGCCGGCGCAGUUUUCGAACCUCUGGCUCCUGCUCGUGUGCCGGCGCGGAAACCGGUACCAGGUCAUGGACGAGAUGCAUCGCAAGCUGGGGCCCCUGGUCCGCAUCCAGCCCAACCACGUCAGCGUGGCGGACGAGACGGCCAUUGCCAGCAUCUACGGCCACGGGAACGGCUUCCUGAAAUCUCACCCUCCUCUAACAAGUCAAAGCGAGUUUUACGAUGCAUUCGUGUCCAUCCGGCGUGGUCUGUUCAACACGCGCGACAGGGCGGAGCACUCGCGCAAGAGAAAGCUCGUGUCGCACACCUUUUCCCCUAAAUCCGUGCUCCAGUUUGAGCCGUACAUGAAGGACUGUCUCGAACUGUUUGUCCAGCAGUUUGACAAGCUCAUUGACGAGAGCGACCAGCGCGACGAGACAGGCGCCAAGGAAGCCCACCUCGACUGCCUCCCCUGGUUCAACUACCUGGCCUUUGACAUCAUCGGCGAUCUCGCCUUUGGCGCGCCGUUUGGCAUGCUGGCCACGGGCGUCGACCUGACAGAGAUCCGCGAGUCGCCCACGAGCCCGCCGCUGUACGCCUCGGCCAUUGAGAUCCUCAACCGGCGCGGCGAAGUGAGCGCGGCGCUCGGCUGCUGCCCGCCGCUGAAGCCGUACGCGCGCUGGCUGCCGGACCCCUUCUUCAGCAACGGCCUGGCGGCGGUGCAGAACCUGGCGGGCAUCGCCAUUGCGCGCGUCAAGGCGCGGCUCGACAACCCGCCCGACGUCGCGCGCAAGGACCUCCUCGCGCGGCUCCAGGAGGGCCGCGACGACAAGGGCGAGCCGCUCGGGCGCGAAGAGCUCACGGCCGAGGCACUCACGCAGCUCAUCGCCGGCAGCGACACCACGUCCAACUCGUCGUGCGCGCUGCUCAACUUCCUGUGCCGCAACCCGCGCGUGCUCGCCACGCUGCAGGCCGAGCUCGACGCCGCCAUCCCCGACGGCACGCGCGUGCCCUCGCACGACAUGGUCCGCGACCUGCCGUACCUCGACAGGGUCCUGCAGGAGACGCUCCGCCACCACUCCACGUCGGGUAUCGGCCUGCCGCGGCAGAUCCCGCCCGGCUCGCCCGGCGUCACCAUCCGAGGCCACUUCUUCCCCGCGGGCACCGUGCUGAGCGUGCCGACGUACACCAUGCACCACUCCAAGGAAAUUUGGGGCCCGGACGCCGACGAGUUCCGCCCGGAGCGCUGGGAGACGCUCACGCAGCGCCAAAAGACGGCCUUUAUCCCGUUCAGCCACGGGCCCCGGGCGUGUGUGGGCAGAAAUGUGGCCGAGAUGGAGAUGAAGCUCAUCGCGGCGACUUGGGUGCGGCGGUACUCGGCAAAGAUCAGACAAGGACCGAUGGAGACGAGGGAAGGCUUUUUGAGAAAGCCGCUGGGGUUGGACAUUGCUUUGACUCGGCGUUGA